AUGAAGCUUCCUUUUCCACAACAUUUCCCGUUUUUCACAAAUUUCAGAGAAAAGAAAGAGAGAGAAAGUAAGUGGGAUUUGUGUUUGUUUUUGGUAUUUUUUGUUCAUUUUUGCAGGUGCUUCAAUUGGGUUUUCUGGGUCAACCUUUGAUUUAGCUCAAACUUUCAAUGGAGGCACACAGGGCUGCAAUGAUGACUGGCUCCUCAAAUGUUGUCUUUAUGUCAAGUAUUCUCGGCCAAGAUGGGCCAAACCCGGGUCACAAGUGUGAUUGGAAAUGUCAAAACGAGCAUGUCUGUGGAAAUAUGUACCGAUGCAGGCUUACUGGACUGACCCAUAUAUGUGACAAAAAUUGUAACCAGCGAAUUUUAUAUGGUAAUCACAACUCACUGUGCAGAGUCAGUGGUCAGAUGUUCCCACUUACACCUAUGGAGCAACAAGCAGCUAGAGGUGUUCGUAGGAAGUUUGAAGCUGAGGCUUGCCCUUCUGAGAGCUGUUCUUUCAAGCGUCGUCGGGAUGCAAAUUUACAUCCUUCACCUUUCGAGAGAUCCUUCUCAGCAGUCAGCCCUAUCUGCAGUCAAGUUGGAGAUGAAAUGCAGAGGUAUGGCUAUUUGUGGUGUUCCAUGAAGGUAUCUUAAACAGCACCAGUAUACUGGAUAAUAUGCAAGUCGCUGCUGAUAAGUUAUCGACCUCUUUGAGAAAAGGAGUCUUCACGUGCAUUCCAUAGUUGUUGAGACUUGAGAUGCCUCUCUUCUGCAUGAGUUUUAAGCUCUGAACGGACUCACUUCUAUCGGAUGUCAUAAUGUACUGUGAAGCGAGCUUCUUCGGACUUGAUGCUAUGUGAUUAUUCAAUAUAUAUCAGACUUCUGCCUCUCAGUUAAGUACUUCAGGAGUUUCAAUGACAAUCAACUAACUCUGCAUCUGAGCUUUUAUGAGAAUGGCCGAGCUUGCUGAAAGUGACAAUCCAGCCUCUCAGAGUCUCAGGGGAGUAGUUCAGGGGUUUCCGUGACUAAUCAACUAGCUCUGCAUCUGAUCUUUUUAUGAGAAUCGCUGAGCUUGCCUACUUGCUGCAAGUGAUAAUCCAGUAGUCUAAUGCUCGGCUAGCUAUCUCAUUAGAAGUGCUAUUUCAUACCUAAGGCAUGUAUAAUCUCUGAAGACAGGCGUGCGCCUAUACGGCGAGUUCUAUCUUGGAAACAGUUCUAUUCUUUAUACGGCUUCAUAGGCAUUUAGAAUAAGUUUUGCAGGACUAGCAAAAUAUAAGUUUCUAGUUGUAUGAUUGGAUAUAUUAGUGAAACAUGUCACUUGUGAUUUAAUGCAAUGUAUUGGCUUCAAGAGAGUUCUUGUCACAAGGAUCACAAGAGUGAAAUAAUGACUUGUGUCAUGUCAUUACUGUAGUUUGUGCUGCUUUCCACAUUUGCCUUGUUUUUAAGGCCGGUUUAUGUGGAAAAACAGAUUCUUCAGUUUUCUGAA